CCGACGAUUAGGGAAGAAUCCCUUCGAUCUAAGAAAGAUAAGGGAUUUUACACCCUAAGAGAUACGGAUUUUUAAUCUUAUAUGGGUCGUAGAGGAGCACUAUGAUGUGAGGAAGAUCUCAACAUGCUUUGAUUUCAAUGGGAUAGUCAUCAAGUUAGCGACAGCCGCGAAGAAGAAGACGAAAAAUUUCAAUCAUGCGGCAAAAACAGCUGUUGUUCUUUUAAAGCCUCCGCCUUGUUCGAUCGCUGCAUCGAAUGCUCAUCUACUGCCUGGAGGAAUCAGUAGAAGUCUUAAGUUGCUGGGAAUUGUGGAUUCUUGUGGAGUAAAGAAGAAUCAUGUCGAAGCCGAGGUCAACAAAGGCAGAACAAUUUAAUGCCAAGAUUCAUGGACUACGAGAGAUCUUCAAGAGGCUAGAUAGCAAGACACUUCCACUGCCAACUGGCAAUGAUGUUGCUAAUUAUUUACAGUGGUUCCAGGAUGUACUGCAAGGUCUUGUCAAAGAGGAAAGACCAAGUUUAGCAGAAGAUAAACAAAGAUUUGACAUCCAGAAAUACCCAGCAAUGGCUUAUGUUGACCUGUAUAAAGUAUUGAUCAAAAUGGCUAGAGUUGUAUCACACUGUGAACUUGGUAGUGAAGCAUUUGCCAAAAACAUCCUGGGCAUUAUGGCUUCUCUCAUCCCUUUCCUGCCCAAAGAAUGCAUAGAUUCUCUACCUCUGAAUGUUGCCAUGUUUCUGUCUGUGUGGCCUGAAACCGUCCAUGCCAACAUCUUUAAUCUACUAUGUGGAUACAUCAUGCCAGUCGUACUCCAUAUUUUAAAGUCACCAGAAGAGGAAUUAUCAUAUGCAACCUUAGCAUGUCCAUCAUUAGUGAUGACUGUUCUGCAGUACUGUCCAGACUCCAAACAACAAGCACAGUUUGUAGAGACACUGAUGUUGUACAAGAGAGAUGUGUGUCUGGAUCUUCUUGCUGUUGUUGCAUAUGGCCCACAACCAAUAUUGAAUGCUGCUGGUCAGAUUCUACUCCAUUAUUAUCCGCUGGGAUAUGCAGGUGGAGCAGAUGAUUGGCAGUUCAUGUACGAAUCCUGGUACCCCGAGAAAUGUCAAAACCUAAACUGCAUGGUACCCAUCCGUAACAACUGCGUCAAGAUUUGUUUCGAUGCUUCAUAUGCUGCUUCUAAAUGUGAACUGGCUCCACCAGUUUUCAUCUGCGCCAAAUGUUCAGAGCUUGCCUCCAAAGAGGUUCCUGAUUUUGACCAUUUCUUCCUGGACCUUCUUGACCCUCUUGGUCCGGUGCCGACAAAAUGCCAGGGAGAGACCUGCAAGGGUCAGGGUGUUCCUAGCGCUAUGAUGUGUUUUUCUCCUGAGUGUGCAAAACGAAAUAAGAAUCGUGGCACGGCAAUGUGCAUGGAGUGUAACGACCGUUACCAUGCCGAGGGUGAGGGAGCCAAUCAUGUUGUACAGUCGUUGUUCCCUGACCCAUGGUCGAUGAGUGGAUGUGAACAAGCCUAUGUGACUGAAGCUGUUUUGAGGUUACUCAGAGAAGCACAGCCAUGCCAGGCGACAAGAUAUGACGAAAUGGGCCUUGUAAGAGACAAAUUGCCUCUUGAACAAGGCGAAGAAGAAGUCGAUAAUGACAUCAACAAUCGACGCAUGCUCAGUCGCUUCGGUAUUUGGCUACUUGUCGGCAUCUGUGGCGACCCAACAAGGUGCGAGUCACCAGAGAGAAUGGGCCGACUCGUUGCUAUGGUGAUAGAAUGGAUCGACGUAACGACAUCUUUGAUGAGAGACUACGUUGGUGAGCUGCUCAAGAGGCUUGCCACACAACACGCCAGUAAAUGGUUGACCACUGUGCGUGACACCAAGAUGGAGCUGUUCUGCGCAUGUCUGUCUCCAUCACCCCCGGAAUAUGCCAAAGUGGGAGGUUGCUGGGACUCGCUGUCCGGUCAAGUUAACCAGCUGGUUGAAGGACUGCACAGAGUAUGUUGUUUGAUUCCCUUCCAACUUGUCGCCGAGGAGGUCUGGGAUGUGAUGAUGCCACAGUGGAUGGAUGCUAUCAAAAACAUCGUCCCCCAAGAUGAACUUUAUAAAUUUAAAGUAUUACUAUGCAAAUUGUUCGAUCCUUACCUGUCGCCCUACAAGAUGCCUUCAGAAGCCAGUCUUGGGUUCGUCAAGAGGAUGCUAGAGGAGUCUUCAGUCUACRGUGAACAAGUUAAGGCACUGACAUGGCUUCAGAUGUUAUCAACACUAGAAGUCGUCAUCAAACUUCACAUGUUGACGUCCAUGUUCAUUAAAGCUAUUCAAAAUCAAAUCGAGUUUGCCGAUGGAAUCUCAACUAUGUUCUCAUUCCUCUCUCAAGAAGACAUGUCAAUCGGCCAACGAGAUUCUGUGCAUUCUGCACAGAGUAGCUCAAUAGAUAAAGAGAGUACUGCGGAUACAGAAUCCUACACUGAACCCCCACAGACAGCAGAUAGCACCUGUUCACAGAAAGAAGAUAUUUCGAAUCUAUCGUCUUUUAUUAUCAUGCUGGACUUGCUGGUCAAACAGGUGCAGCUUCAACGCCAGCGUGAGAAUCGUAUCCUGAACUCCGUCGAUCGAGAAGAAAUCAAGAAACUCGUCAAACUGAUGCUCGAUGUUUCCUGGAGUGGAAUCCAUGGUGAUCACUCUGCCUCGUGCCAGCACUGUGAAAUGGUAGCCGUCUGGUUCAAGCUGGCUUUCAUGUUGUUCGAGGCGGUGUUCCCUCCUGAAGGCCAUGUAGAGGAUGAAGCUAACUUGAAUACUGUGGCUUUUGGGAAUGUUGUUCGACGUGGAAGCAGCUGCAGUAAGGCCGCCUCCUUCAGAAGCACAGGUUCCCGGCGCAGUGCGCAAAUCACAGAGACCAUAGACGAAGAAGAAGUGUUUGACGAAACAGCGGAGUCGCGUUCCAGGAGGGCAUCGGGAAAUAUAGAGCCAAGUGGGUCAGUCACCGAACAACAGAACGACCCCGAUGGGUCACAAGGUCAAGGGGACCAAGCUGACUCCAGCGAAUCAGCGGCUUCAUUCUCAGGCAUGCGCGGUGCUAAUGCUAGUAUUGGGUCGUGGAGGAGUGGGACGAGUAGUGCCACGUGGGGCGCAGUUUAUGAUAAUUACCCUCAACUGCAGCUUUUGAUUGGUUUGCUGAAGGAGUUGCCAAAGCAGCAGGACCAUGUUGUUCAGCUCAACAUGUUAAAGUGUGUCAAGAUUCUUGUUCUGAAGGGCGAAUACCUCAGGAUCGCGAUGGAAGCGGAACCAGACUUUCUUGCUUAUCUUCAGGAGAUCUUCUUUGUUCCUAAUCUCUGGGACAUGCUACGAGCCGAGCACUCCGUCCUCUCUGAAAUCUGCGUAGAAAUCCUUCUCCACUGUAUCUGUCUUCCGUUUGGAGCUGAGAAAUUAUGCGACAGCGUUGAGGGUGCCUUCACUGACGACGACUGGAGAGUGCGUUUUGCCGGCGUCGAGAAAUUCACCGUCAUCGCAAGAUUCCUCGAAAUCGAGAAGUUCAAAUCCAACAAAGUCGCAAUGUCAGCUCUAGCGCAUUGUUUCACGUACCUCGUAGGCGCCGUGGAAGACGUAUGUACCCCAGUGUCAACCAGGACCAUUGCCAUGCUUGAGACUAUCAAGUCAACGUCGCUCAAGACUCUUUACGCUUGCAUCGAACACCAAUACGACGCAGUCCCUAAAGACCGUCUUCUCUUGAUUCACACGUGUCGGAUCCUACACCGAACUCUUCCUCACUACACCCCUCUGUGUGGACAAUUCUUUAUUCGGCGAUUCAAGCAUCUUUUGAUUGAAAACGCGGAUUAUGUGUACGGGAGCCCUAAACCACGUUCUCCCGCGGGGGGUGGGGGAUCUGCGUAUGUCAGCCCUAUGAGUGAGGUGUCGACGCCUGUUGAAGCAGACGGUUCAAGGAAAGAGCGGUGGCGGACUUAUUCAUCAACUGGUAAAUCAAGCGGUUCUCGCUCGUCGCGUAUGCAGGACACGAUAGCAGUCAAUCGAUUCACCAAAGAACAAACACCUUUAUACCGAUGUAGUUACACUUUUAAACUCGCUGGCGAGAGAAUAAGCUACAAUAGACAGUUGUCCAAUUCAUCAGAAGGAAAUACGCCCACAGGCGGUCGUCAGCGUCGGACAGGAGGGUUUCAAGGUCAGCUUGGCCAUUCAACAGAGAUGACUGAUCGAAUAUUCCUCGGGGGACGAAUCCAGAUCGAUAACUUGUCGACCGUUGAAGAAGAAGCCGACUCGGAAAGGGCAGAUAAUGAUUCGACUAGAAUGUCGCACGUGUCACUGGAGUCUGCGCACAGCCAGGAGCCCAACCAAGGGGCUCCCCAAGACGCGAGUGACCUCGAAGCAGCUGCCACUCAUCAACUGGUUACCUUGGUGAUGGACUUCCUGGCCUACCCCGGAGCAAACAAGCUUAUAAUACCGUCCGAGUUUGUCAAGACAGAGAGUUACGAAGUGGUUCAAAUGAGCCAUUAUCUGGGAGUACUCAUGGGAUACGAUAUUAAAGUGGGAGAGUUCACUGGGGAUCCAAGAAGGCUAAGGUAUUUUCCCGUCUUCCACGCUUACAUGAGUGGAAUCGUACAAGUCUUGGACCAGAACCAGGAGUGGGGAGARGAAUUGAUCAACCUGACUCUCCAACUAUUGCUAUUCUGUGCUGCACCAAAGUCCCAGCGAAGAAUAGAUCAGCCAGAAUUCACUCUUAUUAGACUCAGUCAGCCAAUGAGACGCACUUGGUUAAUGACCAUAUUGAUCAUACUUUAUAAGUACCCAUUCUACCAUGACUCGCACCGGAGGGACACAAGGAACCUUAUUACUGUGGUGAUCAAUACAUUAGAGGCCCAGGACCAUAAGUGCCCGGGCCCUAGAAGUGCCAAACAUCAGCGACAGAGCCUUUCAUUGUUGGACUUGGAAAACAUGACUCCAGAGGAUGCUACUAGACCAGACACUCCCGGCAGUCCCCGCCAUAAUAAACGCGCCGAAGCAUGCCGAGYAUCUCCCACGUACAAACAGCGUCUAUCAACCUGCUCGUCUGCAAUAGAAGGCGACAAAGACGCCGACAAGAACCUCGAGGUUGAUGACCAGAAAACCCUUCCUCUCAUGGCGAUACACGAGACUUCAUUCGUUGGUUCUGACUCGUCACAGCAGAAGGCCACCACCAGUACUCCCCUCUUAGAAUUCUCCCCAGGGGGGUCCCGUGGGGGGAGCUCUAGUGCCUUGACGGAUGAAGAAAGGAACCCUGAGCGUCGACCUUUGAUUGAUGGAAGUUCAGAUAAGAAAGCGAAAAGAGCACAAGGACGCUCUUUUCGUGGUGAAUCAACGACUCGUGAUAAAAGAACUUACUUUUAUAACCUCGCCAGGCGAUAUAAAUCUGCUCUGACGUCGCUACACGUAUCCGUAGAUUCGACAUCGAGUCGAGACACCAAGGAAAGUAUAGAGGGCGUUCUCUCCAUUGGAGCAGAAGAAGGCCGCAAGACGUCUCGUCCCAAGCUCCUUGCAGGUGUGUCAAUGCGAUCAAUGGACCAUUCCCUCGAGAGAUCAUUGGAUACGUUCAUGGAUACCCCAGGAGAAAAAGAACCAGAGUUGCAAGAUAUUGACCUUGAUGUGUGCCCCGAGUGUGGAGCUACUCUGGAGGAGUUUGACGAAGAAACACUCAAUAUGGCUAUUGUAGCUUUGUCGACGUAUGUUCACCAGAGCCCUUCAAUGGCAAUGCCGUUUUUGCUGAGGAUGCUGGAAUGUGUUGGAAGGAAAUGCGUCCACCCAAUGUUCCCAUGGGAAGACAAAAGUGACGUCCUCAUACCAGGAUCCAGCACGGAAGUAGCCAAACAGUUUCUCAGAUGUGUCCUCAUCAAGUUGGCUCCAAAUGGUAUUUUUUCCGAACUGUUCCGAACAGUCUUCGACGACGAGAUUCUACUCAAAGCGAUUGCCUACGCACUGAACGACUACUCAGCAUUCGAUCAGAUGUCUCCUAUUGCAUAUCUGCUCGAGGAUAUCCUUGGAUUCAGGACUCUAAGUGACCGGAUAAUGCUUCUCUUGACUAACCUUUCGACUUACUUCAGACACGCGUCCAAAGAAACAACCAGCGCUUGGUCUAGCCAGCUGUCACACUUUGAGAACUUCUUCAGAAAACUUCCAUCGGCUCUUCCUGACAAUUGUGACAUUACUCCAGCGUUCCGGAUCAUGAGCGCUAUUCUAACGGCUGCGAACUCGUCCUUCAAGGUGCUGCUUCAUCCUUUUGGUCAAGUGCUGACAUUCGGUAUCAACAAAACCUCUUUCCAACUUCAAGAUCUUCUUGAUUUGUGCUCAAAAUGCAACGAAACUUUCCCUAAGGAAAGAGACAAGCUGUACCUCACUCGCAUCGUCGUACAAGAAAUGAUGCAAGCAGUUCGCUUUAGAUCCUACCUGCCUGACUCUAAUCUGCAUUCUUUACUUCAGGUCUUGGCUAUAGAUGCUGGUAGUAGAAUCACCUUUGGUGGUGAUAGGGACAAUGUGGAGUACUCGUUACCCUUUGGGGCGCGUACACGUGCGAUGGAUUGUAUACAAAGCUACUUGAUAGAAAUCGUCGAGUUCAUCCGCGACUGGCACUUUACCUCGCGUUCCAGCAACGAAAACAAACGCCUUAGUGAACCAAACCUGAACUUCGACACCGUACCUAUUCACCUCAAAGCAGGGAUGUCCCAACUGGCCGCCCUGGAGCUUGCUAAGCAGCCCAAGUCGAGUAAACUGUACACCAAGUCACUAACUUGGCUGAAAAACCCUCCAAGCGCCAUCCAGUUAGGACCUAAAGAACUCCAAGAUUGCGUGAGCAACAUGAGACUGCUGACGUGGAUUUUACAGGGAUCGCUGUCGCACGUGGUCAAUUCCAAAAUGGCGCAUGCGUCAUGUCAGCCAAUAGCUUUGGAGGAAAAUGUGAACAUUGCUAAAUAUGUCUUGAUUGUUCUGCACAGCUUUGCUGAACCACUAAAAGACUCUCUGAAAAUCACGGCCUUGUAUCAUGCGUUUCACUUGUGCGAGCUAUGGACCCUGUACUGUGACAUCACUAAACUUCAAGGUGAAUACAACGAGCAGUCUUCGCCUAUCGUGCUCGAGUUCUGGGGAAUAGUUACUCCUGGGAUACUGAACCUGCUAACCAAAGCCAAAGAGAUGAGUGACUUAGUAGGAGAUAAUUUCCUGAAUCUUCUUGAAGCGUUACAAGAGUGCAACUGCACGUCACUUCCUAAGUUGUAUCCCUUGUGGCAUUCUAUUCUGACCUUUUGUUUCUCGCUGAAGGGGUUGUCUGAAGGUUCAAGUAACAAGCUGAGGAAGGCGCAAACCCGCAAGAGAUCGAAUAAAGAGACACGAACAGUCCUCGCAAGAUGGCUGAAGCAGCUUCAGUUCAAAAUCGCWCUGGCUGAACAAUCAGCCGCAAAUGGACAGACACAUUUCCAUACUAUAUGAUGACACUCGAAGCGAUAUGUAGUAGUAGCCAGCGUAGCGGCCCAAAUGGGAAGGGAAGGGGAUUGGGGACUAAUGAGAGGAGGGGGGGGACUGGGGGAGAGGGAGAGCCUGCAAUGAACCCCCUCGAUUUUUUUUACCGCCCCCUAAUUAAUAUGCAAAAUCUCAACCAAUCAAAUGUUAGAAUGUUAAUUUCUGUUUCUAUGAGUCAACCAAUCAAAAUUAACGUUCGGAUUCUGAACGUUCGUAGGAAAAAUCGAGGGGGGUCAUUGCAGGCCCUCCCUCGCCUUCCUUCCUCUCCCCAGUCCCCAAUCCCCUUCCUCUCCCCAGUCCCCAAUCCCCUUCCUCUCCCCAGUCCCCAAUCCCCUUCCUCUCCCCAGUCCCCAAUCCCCUUCCAUUUGGGCCGCUACGCAGGUUAAUGUAGUAGAUUCUCAGUUCACUGACAGGUAAAUACUGGAUCAAAGUUAACACUCAUCUGCUGAUCGCGGGCAAACGUAUAUACAUAGUGUAUAGGAGAUUAUAGAAAGAUAAGAAGGGGGUUAGAGAAACUAAUGCUUUAAGUGGGAAUGCGAUAUGUGCGCAUGUGCAUGUGCGCAGGAAUAGGGGAAUAUACAGAAUAUAUAUGUAUAUAUAUAACAAUAUAACAGUGGGAUAGGAGGGGCUUCCAAAGAGAAAAUAGGGCACGGAAACAUUCUAUUCGGCUGCAAACAUCGCAUAGUAAAUCCAAAUCAAUGAUUAAGACCAGGUUCAACUAAAAUCCCUAAGUUUAUUUGCCUUAAAAAUAGAAAAUGAUAUUAAACCAUUUAUGACCAGU